CCCACCUCCAGUCUACUGUCCCGAGAGUGGAGUUUGCGCAAUGUUAUCAGCUCCGCCAUUGACGGAGUCGCUGGAGAAAAUUGCACAUAGCCUGUCGCGUUUGUUCUUAGUAAGUAUUCGACGUCUAGAUCAUGUAUUCUCACAACUGAAUUUAGUGUCGUUAAUACAUACGGUUGUUUACAUCUACAUGAUUCGAUUUGCAUAAACUGUACGGCAGAAGUUGUCAAGCCUCCUGCAUCAUUAGCUAGCUUACGCACACCUAGCCAGCAGCGAGCGUGUCGUGCACGGCUGCGUCGCCCGUGUGCUCCACUCCAUGGAUCCAAGAAUCGCCUGGUUUCAGCCAGAACAGCUCGGCCCUGCCAAUAGCGCGUGGAUGAAUAUUUGGGAAACGACACAAGGUCUGGGCAAUUUGAGUUUGAGUAAUCAUAACAACCACGGCUCUGCUGUGUGGAACACGCCCACCACCAAGACGAGCCCUAGUACAACGGUAUCCGUGAACUGGGGCACGGGCAACGUGAUUCAGAACGGAGUCCCCGACGCUGUCACGAGCAGCAGUGAGACGAGGAUGCAAGGGACGAUAAAUCCAAAAGGCGAUAAUGAAAUAGAACAUAAAUUCGACCUAUUGGAAGCAAAUAUCAACCAGCAUCCUGCGGGGAGGGGUAGUAGUGGACCUUGGGUAGUGGGUGGCACUGCGUUCGGUAGCUGGAGAGAACGAGAGAGAGAAUGUGGACUUGGGAACAGACGGAGAAGAGACAACCGAGCGAGCACUUUCGGAUUUAACCGCAGUUUAUUGAGUAUUGGCAGUAACUCUGCAGUGGACGACGCUGGGUGCCGUGGAGUUGGUUACACAGGCACGCCUUGGAAAACCAGGAACUACUCUGCAGGGAUUUUGGGGCUCCAUGAGGAGAUCCAGGAUUUCUAUGCCUACAUGUCUCCACGGCCGGAGGAGGAGAGGAUGAGGAGGGAGGUGGUGGAGAGGAUAGAGCGGGUUAUUAAGGACCUUUGGCCCACUGCUGACGUUCAGGUAUUUGGGAGUUUCAGCACAGGUCUCUAUCUACCUACCAGUGACAUUGACCUGGUGGUGUUUGGGAAGUUCAGGGAAGGAGACAGCCUCCCUCUGUGGAGGUUAGAAGAGGCCCUGAGGAAACACAAAGUGGUGGAGGAGAAUUCUGUCAAAGUGCUGGACAAGGCCACGGUGCCAAUCAUCAAAUUGACAGACUCUCUCACGGAGGUCAAAGUUGACAUCAGUUUCAACAUGAAGAAUGCUGUCAAAGCUGCUGCCCUCAUUAAAGAUUAUAAAAAGAAAUAUCCUGUGCUUCCAUACCUGGUGCUGGUCCUGAAACAGUUCUUAUUACAAAGAGACAUGAAUGAAGUGUUUACAGGAGGAAUCAGCUCCUACUGCCUCUUCCUCAUCGCUGUCAGCUUCUUACAGCUCCAUAGCAGAGAGGACGCCUGCAGUCCCAACGCCAACACUGGCGUCCUGCUCAUAGAGUUCUUUGAGCUGUACGGCCGCCAUUUUAACUACCUGAAGACGGGGAUCCGGAUCAAAGACGGGGGCUGCUACCUCUCCAAAGACGAGGUCCAGAAGAGCAUGCUGGAUGGAUACAGGCCAUCCCUGCUCUACAUCGAGGAUCCACUGCAGCCAGGUAAUGAUGUGGGCCGUAGCUCGUACGGGGCCAUGCAGGUGAAGCAGGUGUUUGACUAUGCCUACAUGGUGCUGAGCCACGCUGUGUCGCCCAUCGCCAAGUACUACCCCAACAACCACAGCGAGAGUAUACUGGGCAGAAUAAUCCGGGUGACUCAGGAAGUGGCAGAAUACAGGGACUGGAUCACCAUGAAGUGGGCUGAUCUAUCACUGAACUCCCUGACCUUAAACGGAAAUGAUGUCACGUUGCUGGUGGAGCCUCAGCAGACGUACGAAUGCAACAAUAAUCUCUCUGAGGAAGGGGCGGAAUCACCAAGCUCCUCCUCUCCUCCUCCUUCCUCUCCAUCCUCCUCUUCAUCAUCCUCCUCGCCGCAGUCUUCAUCAGCUAGCUCCAGCGAUGCUGAUUCGGACGGAAGCCCCUGUAAAACGGUGUUGCCGCGUGGCAGGCGGGGCUUAUCCGCACACAGAGCUGCCCCCCUAGGAUUGACCAAUCACAGGGCUACAAGUUCCUCUUCCGGAAGCCACGUGAGCCACUCGAACAAGAGCACGGUGGACAGAGAAAGUUUGACGUCUCGUCAGAACAGCCAUGCCAACACACAGCCAAGCACAGAAACAGGACAGUCGUCAUGCAGGAACCACCAAGGCAGCAGGCGGAGCUGUACGGGCAGGAGGAAGAAGCCUCAGCACCAACGCAAACCUGCGCCUGCGGUGGAGGACCUCUGUAGAUAAUAUGCCAUCGUGUUACUCUUACCAGGGCUUUUGGUCGUGAUAUUUUUAAAGCCAAGUUGGAAGGAGAUUUCUCCUUUUUCUGUUAGUUGAAUGGGCAGAUUGACGCUAUCCUCGUCUUGAGGGCAUAGUCUUUCUGUAAUUUGAACACACUGCCCAUUGGAGGAAGGUCGUCGAGCCUGAACAGUUGUUCCUGUACUUUAUGAAGUGGCAAUACACCCUGGUGCAUUGGUUGGGUCUAUACUGGCAGUUAAACUUUACAGCAUAAAUGACAAGGGAAAAUGUAUGGUAUAAAACUAUGGAUAUUAUUGCUAUAUUGGGCAAAAUGCUUGCACUGACAACACAAGUUGUUGAAAAUGUACGUAUUUCAGCAACUCAUCUACAUUUGCAAUGGAAAAAGUAGAGCAAAAUGUUAUUUAAAAAGGCGAAAUGGAGGUUAGAGUGAGACAACAAAAAAACAACAAUGGAUAGGGAUUGUAUAUUUUUCACCAGCUGAAUUAAAAUGAAUAUCGAUUUGCCAUCUCUCCUGGACUGGUCCAAGUGUGGGUUCUAAGUGCCAACUCCAACCAUCAGCAAAAUAGAUUACUACAGUACCAUGUAUGAGAGCACAAGAUCACGAAAGGAUCAGGCCAAGGGAUCAGCCCAAAUGGACCAGUUUCCGUGCAUAAAGGGGAUGAUUUUUGUAAUGAUCUGUUCAAUGGCUAUUUCACAAUACUGUUUAAUCACCGUAAUAUCUUACAGUCUAAUGUACCUACUGGUAGAAUACAAAAUGCCACAAUAUCUGCAAUUUGCAAACUUCCUGUACAUGAAAACAUCAGUACUCCACUAUUUUGCCUAUUUACAAAAUGAUUUGUAUUUGUUUAUGUAUUUAUUUUUUUAGUAUAUUUAUAUGAAUCUAUAAAUGUUACGCCCUGUGGAUGGAAAGGUUAGGAAUAGCCUGUAUGCGUGUGUAAGAAAGGGUUCAGAUGCACAUUUUGUGCCGACUAUCUCAGACGCCUCUGUUCUAAAAGUCUUACCCCCCAGAAUGGUUUUGGAAAUGGUGUCUAACACUUUGCUUUUACGUAUCCGGUGCUUUCAGGCCACUGAUUGAAAGUCAUUGGCUUUGUUCAAUUUCUGUCUCUAGCCCUUUUCUCUAGCUCUUACUUCUUCCUUGUCUGGCUUUUAUAUAAAAUGAUUGGACUGGAUGUAAACAAUAUGGUGAUAGUUCCUCCGAGCCUUUAACGAGGGUGAGUUCCUCCAAGCCUUUAACGAGGGUGAGUGCAGCUUCUUCCCAAGUCACUUUCACCCAUCUAAUCCUUUCAGAUCCGCCUAAAGAAUAUAGGCCCAACUUUGACGGUGCAAAUAAAUUGUGCUACUGUUAAUUGAGAACAUUAUACACCUUACACACUGCAUUCAUUUUAAAAAGUUACAUAAAGUUUCAACAAGAGCACUACUUUUGACGUUAUCAAAAUGGCAGGUUGACGUUUAUUGGGAUGAAUCUCGUCUUGGAAGCAGAGCGAUUUCUGAUAAGGUUAGCAGUGUGGUUGGGGGUUAGGGUUCAAAUCAGAUGUUGACUGUGGCUGUGCCAGCUAGUGACUAGCCUGCAGUGGCCUCCAGUACAUGAGUCAUCCCAAUAAAUUUCAGCAUCAAAAUGUCACUAAGGGUUGGGCCACUGUUAGUCCUAGCAUUUUCUUCUUUCUUUUUUUCUUCAGAAAUUGGUCCUCACAAAACAUUUUGUGUGCAGUCCAGACAUUUGUUCCAACCUUCAUGAUAGCUCAUUGUUUUACAAGUGAUAAUAUAUUGUAAAAGAAAUGCAUAUUUCCCAUUGCCUGUUCUUUACUAUAUGUGAUUAGAAUAUAAAAAAAAUUCAUUGACUAAGGAUUUUUUUUUUUCUUGCUGUUUUUGUCUUUCACGGCAAAUUUGUUCAUGUGUUCACUGCCCAAUCAGACGAGCCACCAUCAAACAUCCUAGAAGUCAACAAAAUGAUUAUUUACAUUCAGUAUGCCAUUGUCAAUUCUAUACCAGUCAACAUUUCUCUCCGCGUUCCAACCAUGAAUGAAUUUGAAGUUGGGAAAAGGUUUUAUUGCUGUGAACAGUAAAGCUGUUUUGUUGAAUGGUAAUUUUCCUUAUCUUUUCUUAGCGUUGUCUACAGCAAGUGUACAAUCCCUGCAUUGAAGUUGUAUUUUCAUAUGAUUAUUGAUAUUAUUUAGCUAAUUAUAUUUUUGUGGAAGAUGAAUAGAUAUAAAUGUCAAGAACCCUGCGGGUAAAAGUGGCAAGUGGGAAAAUGUAAGUCUCUCAUUAUUAAAAUAAACUUUUGAAAGAA